GGGUAUAAAUUUGUCAGUCGAAGCUUUGAAUUGCGCCGGGACACCAAAUCAGGCAUCAAACCGCCAUACUUCAAACCCAGUGAUUGCAUGGACUUUCUGAUUGAUUACUUGGUUUUCAGCUUAUUUUAUUUCUGGGUGUGAUACACUUGUCCUCGUGUAGCUGAUCUUUCAUCACUGUGGUCUGCUAUCAGUGCCUUGAAGUUCCUGAGUUCCAAUUUUUUUACUCAUAGGACACACAGCUAUAAAUCUUAAACAAAAGUGUCAUCAGACGUGGACGUACGAGAAACAUCUCAUUACAGAACUGAGUACUUCCUGCUACUUUAUAUAAAGUAGCACUCAGAACAUCAGGACAUACGGAGCAAACAUGCUCUGGCGCACAGCAGCACCUGAGCUCUUCUUAACUUUCCAUCAAUGAGCAGUGCUAUAGUCGGUGCUCCGAGGAUGUUCACCCAGAGAGACUGAAAUGAGCUGAACUCAACUUUUAUCAGAUAUUUAUCCUCACAUCCACCACGUCUGCUUCACCAGCAGCAAGGUCUUUGGAACAACAAUGAUGCUGCUCAGCAUGAAUACGUAUCUGGCUCUGCUAUGGGGAAUAUUUGUUUUGUUAUCUACGGAGUCCAUGAGUGUUUCCAUACCAGUAACCGGCAGAAUUAACACAACCACUGAACCCAACAAGACAACCAAGCAGCUGCCGUCAAUCAGUGCACACGUGGUUCAUAAAGAAACAGAGACGCAACCUGCGACCCAGCAGCCAACUCACAAACCUGCAGAAGCUUCUGCAACAGCAAACACAGUUUCCCCUCCGACACCCACAAUAGAAACGGAAGAGGCCACUGUCGCUGAGAGCUCAAAUGACAUCACAGCUGGUUUGGUUUCCAUGAACACUGCAGCAGAAACUACAAACAGCUCACGUCCACGACUGCUUGAUAUCUCCACAGCAGUGAGCACAGCUGCAGGUGAACCUUCCCUUAGCACGACGAUCUCAGAAACAGCAAAACCUACAGAGGGUCAGUUGCAUCAGCAGUCACCCACCACUCCGACUGACAUGAAUUCUUUCUCUGCAGCGACCUCUGCAGCGUUUUUAUCAACAGAGACUGUGUCUUUGCCGCAGCCUACAUCCACUAAGCCUGAAGUUACAUUUGAGGUAUCUUCAGCGACCUCUCCUGCUUCUACUCAGACUUCAGUCUUCAUCAAGAACCUCAGCCGUUCUUCAGCUUUUACUACAACUACAAUGACAGAGAACCCCACCUCUGAGGCAGCGCCUGUGUCUGACCCCACUUCCAUGCCUUUCACAGUCAGUGAGACCACCACCAGCACUGAGCUUUCAUCGACGUCUCAGCCCAUGUCUGUAAUGAGAACCCACAUCUCCACAUCAGCGAACAACGCUUCUGAGGCAGCGCCUGUGUCUGACCCCACUUCCAAGCCUUUCACAGUGAGUAAGACCAGCACUGAGCUUUCUUCGAUGUCUCAGCCUGUUUCUGUGACAAGAACACACGCCGCCACUUCAGAUGUUACUGACACAGUAGGGUCGAGCUCUACCAGUGAGCCUCCCACUAUUUUGUUCUCAAACAAUUCUGCCACCUCCACCGCUGCCUCCACCAGCCCCAUAGGGAUCUUCAGCCCUCAUGAGCCCACAACGUCACAGAUUUCAAUGAACAAAUCAACUCCGGCAACUACGACAGCGCCGUGUGAAGCCUCAGAGAGCCUUCCCAGCUCCACAGUCCACCCCUGUUCCAGCCGGGGCGUGGUGAAGCACUGCCUCAUCACCAUCGCCGCCCUGGCUGGGUUGGCCACCGUUUUCAUGGUUACUACCAUUGUCCUCUGCACCAAGCUGUCAGCAAGGAAGUACAAGGUCAAGAAGCCUUCACAGUCUACAGAGAUGAUAUGCAUCUCGGCCCUGCUGCCUGAGAGGACUCAAACCUACACGAGACAACGCAACCCAGUGCCUAACGGUGUCCUGGUGAUCCACCAUGGGGGAGACAGUGAUGAGGAUGGAGGAGAUAACCUCACUCUCAGCAGCUUCCUUCCAGAAAAUGACCGCUAUGUGUAGGCAAUAUCGUUAUUAUUAUCAAGUAGGCUACGUGCUUUCAUCAGACCUCAGAUUGGACUGAUCUGUCUGAUGUCAGUGAUGUGGAAACAGUUGCUGUUUGAAUAAAUGCAUACUUCCCCUUUGAUGCUGGUGGUUUGGCUUCACUGCACGCCCUAUUUCUGUUGAGGAAGAGACACAGAGACCGCACAAAAAAUAAACAGUUACUGUGUAUUUUUACACUUCGUAGUUUUACACUUACUCUCCACUAGAGACUUUAUGUCAGGAUGAAGACAGUGAUCAAAGAUUAAAAAAAAAAAAAAAAAAAAAACAUCCUGAACUGAGCCCUGAUGGUGUUUCACUUAGCAACAGGAGACAGGAAGGCUUGUUUCUUUGUUUGGAUUACUGUUCUUCACAGACACUGUUCAGUUUACAAGUGCUAUUCUGGUAGCAGUGAGGCUUAACUGUAUGAAUGCUUGUUAUUUGACUAAUGGUAAACGUUUGGGUGUUUGUGUAGAGAUGGACUUUCUGUUCCCAGGAUAAUUUAUUAAUGUCUUAUUUAACAGACUGAUAACAGUUUAUUUUACAGGUCUGUUAUUGUCUAAUAAUUUCUCCCAACCUUUCUGGAAAGUACUAUGUAAUUUGGUAAUCAUUUUAGGGAACAUGGUUCACACACUAUUAGUUUAGUCAGUUGUUGAAGUCCCUUGAAAGAAACUUCUCCAUUAAAACCUAAGAAAAGAUUCUUGGUUACACAAGCAUAGCAUUCAAUAAGAAUUGAUUAUUUGAACACAUUCUGUAUUUUUUCUGAUUAUCAGUGGCAACAUCUUUUUAAGGAGAUUAUUAGAAAAUGAUUAGACUUUAUGGACCUGUAAAAUAAGGUUUUACCAAUGUUUUUCUUGCUUGUUCCCUUCAACAGAUAUCUGUUCUCUCUGAAAUUUUAAAUAAAAAUGUGUUCUGAGUAAAACAGA